UGCGACUGUUGCCUCUUUACUCUACACAAACCACCAUAAACCCACACGGCAUUUACAUAUCCUCCCAUAUUCACCAUGUCUGAGAAGGUCAGCGUAGAAAAGCCUCCAGAGAGCCCGACAACGGCACGCGAGCUCGACUUCGACGAUGACAACGACGCCCCUCCUUCCUCUGCCCACGAAACGGGCACAUCGUCGCCGCCACCACCGCCCUCGAAAUCACCCAAGGCUGGCGUGCGCUUUACAGAAGCAGCCACAGAGAUUCCCCCACAAAAGCCCCCGCGACCAGUUGACGCACAACUCGAGGCGCAGAACACACUGGUCGAAGCCUUCCCCGGUGUCGACUCCAAUGUCAUCAAGGCUGUCUUGGUUGCCAGCGGCGGCAAGGUCGAGCCUGCCUUUAACGCGCUGUUGAGCAUGUCGGACCCCAACUUCAAGGCCGAGGAGGCACCCCCACCAAAACCACCGCGCCCACAGCCCCGCAGCCAGCUCGAGCAGGACGAAAUAUAUGCGCGACAGCUGGCAGAGCACUACCAAACUCAGGGCGGCCAGGGCGGUUAUGGGUCGCGCACACAGGGCGAAGGUCCCCGGCGACAGCAGACUGGUCUGAGGCCUAACGAGCCAGAGCGGGAGCACAGCUUUUUCGACGACGACCUCCCGGAGAUCCGCAAGAACAUCGAGCAGGGCUUCAAAGACACGCAGAAGACAGUCAAUAAGUGGAUCACCAACUUCACCAAGAAGCUCGACGGCGAGCCCGAUGAAUACGAUAGAUAUGGCAAUCCAGCUGCACCCCACGGGCGAGACAGCUCACAAGGGCCGCCACAGCGACAGAACUUUGGUCCUUCCCAGUCAGAACAGCUCUACGGCAUCCGCAAGUCGGCCGAGCAGCGCCGAUCAGCAGACCACAACCGCUACGACGCAGACAAUAGGGUGCUUGGAGAUGACUUUGCACAGUUGGAAUUGAAGGACAAUGACGGCCAACCACGGUCAAAUCGUCCGACCGCGAACCCCAAUCUCUUCAAGCCAACACCCGCUGCGCCUCCCCAAAGUGGCCCUGUUGACGAAGUCGACGCGCUAUACCGAAACCCCUCGCCCAGCAACCAGAACACCCAGGGAAAGUCGGGAGGCAAGAAGUGGCAGCCUUUGACCUCUAUUGCACCCCACCCCGAAGUCGAGGACCACGAUCCUUUUAGCCUUGGGGACAGCGAUGACGAGGACCACCACAAAGCAAAGGACACCAAUCCUGAGGAUACCGAGAGGUUAAAGAAGGCUGCUCAGGGCAAGGAGGCUCCUAAAUCUGGUGAACUAAAACCUGCUGAGCGGAGUGGAAGCCUAGGCCAGAAGGAUGCUGCGGCAGAAGCGCUGUUGAAGGAGGCCAAAUAGGCCUAUGAACAGGCAAGAGCUGACGGAGUAGGUGGACGAUGACUUCGAACGAAUGACUUGGUGAUGCAGUUAGCAUCAUGCUGCAUGAUAGGACAGAAUAUCGAUUCCCA